CUAGUGCUGGCGGUGCUAAAUUUACUGGUGCUGCUUUGCCUUUAAGUAAUUCUACUUCUGAAAUAUCAGCUGCAACUCCUUCUGAAACUCAUCCUGUACCUACCCCCCAGUUAUCUAUGUCUCAAAUGCCUGAGUUUCCUAAUGCUGGUAACACAAAUAACCAAGUCUCCUCACCAACUCACAUCACAUCAAGCGGCAGAACCUGCUCCUGGAUACCCCAGACGGUUCACACAAUUUGUUUUGACACAUUCAACUUCCAUCGUGUCAUGGACGCUGAUACUGCAAAUCGUGUUCUGAAUGGAGAGCCAACAGUGGUUCGGAACAUUGACAUGCAGCCGACCAAUGGCAUGGCAGGAUCCAGUAACAACACCAUCAUCCGUUCUGAUCCCGGAUUGCCAAGAUGCAAUCCUCAUGAUGGAUACCCAAACUCUGGUGGCAAUCCUCAUGAUGGAUACCCUGACUCUGGUGGCUCCACUGGGCAAUCUGGAGAUAGAUUGUCUUCUGCCUCAUCACUUCCUACUGCUAAUUUAAAUGCAAUGAGUGGAUCAACACUGUCCAGUGAUGGAUCUGAUAGCCAUGUUGCCAGCACAACAAAGCCAUUGCAUCAGCCAUCUCUCCAGCCACCUGAUAAGCCAUCUCUCCAGCCACCUGAUAAGCCAUCUCUCCAGCCACCUGAUAAGCCAUCUCUCCAGCCACCUGAUAAGCCAUCUCUCCAGCCACCUGUUAAGCCAUCUCUCCAGCCACCUGUUAAGCCAUCUCUCCAGCCACCUGUUAAGCCAUCUCUCCAGCCACCUGUUAAGCCAUCUCUCCAACCACCUGUUAAGCCAUCUGUUCUAACAGCCAAGUCCAAGUCCCCAAAUGUCCCCAAGAAGACUGCAGAACAGAACAAGUCCACUAAAGCACCCGCAACAGCUGCAGAAUCCCCCGCAAAGACCACACGGGGGGCAUCCCCCAGUAAAGCAGAUGUACAAGACUACAUAAGGAAGAAGAGGCAGCAGCACAAGCAGCAGCUACAACAACAGCAACAGCAACAACUGCUGCAGAAACAGCAGAUUCAAACUAGGCUUAAAAGCCUGCAGACUGAGACGGGGCACGCAUGUCGCCUGAUCACCCCCACCACUGCUGGGGCUAUCCUCCUCAACAAGACGGCGUCUAGAGACACACAGACGGAAGCUGACGGAGGGAAUGGAGCCAGCCUUCCGUCAGCGGUCGUCAUAGCAACGGCGGAUGUAAACAAACCAGAUGCUGAGGUAGCAAGACAGUUAGAAACACCACUUCUACAAGAACAGUUAGAACUUCUACCUCAAGAACAAUAUAAACAGCAAAUGUCGUACGUUGCUCCUGUUAACCAAGAUACUCUGUGUCGUCGCAGCACGCAAAGUUCAGCCAAUACUGCAGGGAGCUCUACUAAUAUUCCGCUUGUUGCCGCCAAUCCCCUUCACUAUGGACCUGCUACCAGCCAAUAUGGAGCCAAUCCCACCUCCAAUACUAGCACCGUGGGCCCCCAUGGGCCCUAUUUAGAUCCCUGGGUUGGCCCCACCACUCAUGACCCGCCCCACCCUUCUGGCCCUGACACCCAUGGCUCACUUCACUCUGUUGACCCACUUCACUCUGUCGACCCAGUUUCUGACGCAUAUGAGAGAUUAUCAACAAAGGAGCUUAUCCAGAGGAUAAAAGCUUCACUCCCCCCACCCACUGACUCUGUCGACCAACUGUCGGCCGCUUAUGAGAGACUAUCAGCAGAGGAGCUUCUCCAGAGGACAAAAGCAUGCCUCCUCCCUCACAGUGGGGAAGAACGUGCUCCCCACCAAGCCCUGCCAUCCCCUUAUCCUUAUGCUAGAGAGGGCUAUAAACCCCAGGGGCGAAAUGAACUCUAUGUAGUGAACCCAAGCUUUUAUCAGGGCGAGUCUCUAAACGUGAUGAAUCGUCCAUUGAAUGUCACAGAUUCCAGAGGAAAAGAUCCAAGAAUUGCCUGGGAAGAAGUAAGGAGGGAAAGGAUCUACAACAACCGCACUCAUAUCACUAGUUAUGAUGGCAAUAAUAACCGUUUUGGUAUCGAACAGGACGAGUCCAACGUCAAUACGUCAAGAAGAAGAGGUCGGAUAUAUACGUCAAUACGUCAAUAUACGUCAAUACGUCAAGAAGAAGAGGUCGACUCAACGGGUGGACAUAUUUCCCGCUCAUCCCAUCAUCCCGUGCCUAAUACAUCCCAGCAAAAUAGAUCUAGUAAUGAUAAUAAUGAUAAUAUAGCCCGCAAUCCGCGUUACAUAAACUGCUUCCAGCCGCUGCCCCCAGGAGCGCUGGCUCUAGCCCACAGGAGCGCUGUGAUGAUCCAGAAGCUCUACCGCGGACACAGAGUGCGUAAAGUCACCAAGCAUGUCUUGAAGAGAAAUGUUUACCCUUUAAGGCAGCUCAGCCAGAACCUCAAACUUCGUAAGGCACUAAGUCCUGCAAGAGAAAACUCGAGGUCUCCUCCUCACCAAUCUUCCGGACGAACCAGUGACGCUAGAAUUUAUAAACAAGGAUCUGCGUCGCUAGUAAGUACGUCACAAAGAUCAGCGUACAAGUCUACUGACGUUGGUGGUAGUACAGAGGAUGGGAGAAGUGCUAUUAAAAUGAAGGAGAACAUUGACCGUUCCAAGCUUACCAAAGAGUUCAUGAAUAUGGGUAAAUUUGAACAUUUUACCAUGAGUAACUACCAGGUCACUAAUCCUGAUGUGCCUGAGAGGGUGAAGUCUUUUGUGCAGCUCGUAACUACGGGAGAUCUUGACGAGUUUGUGGAGGCUACGGGAAAACUUGCUAUGAAGUCCAGUCGAAAAGCAGGCCAUUCUCAUACCUUGCACACCAUUCCUCGGACUGGUGCAAGGAGCGAUCAUACCUCACACAUCAUUCCUCAGACUGGUGCAAGUAACGACCAUACCUCACACACCAUUCCUCUGCAAGGCACAUCUAAAGACAAUUCCUCCCCCAUUCCUGUUGACAAAUCUGUGCAGACAAGUGCACGCUUGGGCAAACCUCUGUCACUUACAAACGCAGAUCUUGACCGUACAAAUAACUCCUAUUAUCCUUCACAAUUUCUUGCAGGACCAGCUGACUUGAACCUCAGGACUUCAGGCCUUAGUGGGAGCAACACACCAGACCCCAUACCAUCACACCCCAUCAACCCAAGAAACCACAGCAACCCUAACAACCCCAGCAACUCAACCAAGCCCAACAACCCCAUCAACUACAUCAACCCUAACAACCCCAGCAAGCCCAACAACCCAAGCAACCCCAUCAACUACAUCAACCCCAACAACGGUGCAGCCGACGACUUCGUGCUCCUGAAACCAAAACUCAAGACCGGCCCCGUGGCGCGGUCUACUGAACCCUCGGCCGCGCGUCAUCCAAAGCCCCCCGCGCACGCGUCCAAUACGAGCAGCUUCUUCGGCAGUCUUGGCAGAGCUUCUUUGGAUGAUGUGAGGGCAGCCGUGGAUAUGCCAUCCGCUGCCAGGGAUGACAUUCAUGGGAUGGCGUCAGUCGGCAGGGCUGACAUACCUAGGAUGGCGUCAGUCGGCAGGGGUGACAUACAUGGGAUGACGUCAGCCGGCAGGAAUGACGCCUCUGGUAUGACGUCAGUUGGCAGGAAUAACGCCUCUGGCAUGACGUCUGUCGGCCGGAAAAAUGUGCCUGGUAUGACGUCAGCUGGCAGGAAUGACGCCUCAAGUAUGACAUCAGCAGGAAGGAAUGACAUCCCUACAUUGGAGGGACGACAGCAUCAUUCCUCUACUGGGAAAUCAACUGAGGACGUUAAUUUUAAGAUCAGGAUCGACCCGGUGACCGGCGUCGGACUUUCCCCCGCUGAACUGCGCCAGCGCUUCGAUGCAGAACUGAUGCAUCAGGACGCCAUUGCCGAUGCCCUCAACCACCUGCAUCAGCUGGAGCAUCUUCGUGAUGCCGAGAAAGCCACAGCCGAUGCCGAAAAGGCUAGGCAGGCUGCCGAACAGGCCAAAGUAGAUGCUAUGCUGCGUUUAAACCAUCAACAACAUCUGCGAACCGCUGAGAAGAACCGCCUGCAAAAUCUGCGAACCGCUGAGAAGAUGAAACGUGAAGCUGAAAAAGCUAACCAUGAAGCACACAGGAUUGAGUUGGAGCGAGAUAGGCUAAAAGCUGAGCUGAAACUUCGUACGGAAAUUGAACAACUCAAACUUCGUGACGCCAGAAGAGAACUUGGAGCUCACAAACCCAGAAGUGACCAGCGUAUCGAGGACCCGAGUCCUGGUGUUCCUACGGCGGCCAGGGGCGCGGCUGGCAUUGACAUCAUGGAAGAACGUCGCAAGAUUUCUGAGCUGCGCGACCAGAUCUCCCAUCAGGAGAGAGUCCGGCGUGAGAUAGAGAGAGAGGAGCUCAGGAGGAGGAUUGGGGGCGCUGAUGAAGGGUCGGUAGAGCUCAGGAGGAGGGUUGGUGGCGGUGAAGCUCCACCCUGUGACCAAAAAUCCACCAAGAACCACACUUCCUUCUCCAUUAAUGACACACAUUCCUCUGCAGCCAUCGGCAACUGUUACCCCACGGAUGACCUACUCCUGAGGCAUCAAGCAACCACCACCGCGUCCAGCUCCUUGCCCUCGGAAGCUCCGCCGUCUCGUGUCAGGACGCCCUCACUGGACGAGCUCUCAUCAAAGCUUGAUCUCACUUUAGAGCGCAUGAACAAGGAGAUGCAUGAGAUAGCUGACGUCAUUUUCCGCAAUCCUGCCCCUCCUUCAGCAGUGAACUUAGACCUGUACGACAAGGCAAGGUCAGCUGUACCACAAGGCGUGCAUGGUACGACGAGGACGCUAGUUUCAAGCGACCCUUCGCAGCUCACGAGUACAGCACAAAGAGUGGAAGACAUCAUGUCUUCUUUGCCGUCCCGGGCCUCUGGUUCUGAGGUGCGGGGCCAGAACCCUAGCACACUUCUGAGGUAUGACAGUUACGUCCCUAGUAUCAUCCCUGACAGAACUGGCAUCAACAGCGUAUAUGACCUCAUAAUCCCAUCUGCAUCCCUCGUAACCUCAACCUCAGGUCUGGUACAACCAUCCCUGCCUUCCAGUUCUGGUGUAAAUAAACUUAUGGUUGGUUCAACCCUGCCUGGGGUGUCUUCCAUCAACCCUGUUCCCUCAACCCGUUCCCAACCUCCGUUUGUACCCAGGGACCAAAUCAACACCAAGCAAACUACCGCCAGCUUACCAACACCAGGUCUUGUUCCGAGAUCAGUGGUAGCCACUGAGUUACCUAAUGAUAAAUCAGCGGCCAAGUCAGCGGCCACCAGACAGAGUCGUCCUCUUGACUGUAAUGUUAAUAAAUCAAGACGUAAGAGGCAAGAAAGUAACGAUGCAUAUUACAGCGAAACUUUUGAAAGUGUGUCAAGUGAAAGGAACUCGGGACGUGACGGUAGAAGUGCGGGAAGUAGAUCAGCUUCUGCCAGUGCAAGUGGACCGAAUUCUGCUAGUGGAAGUGGAGGAACAAGUGUUGCUUCAGGAAGUGCAAGUCCAAGACUGGCUGCCAGUGGAAGUGGAUCGAAUUCUACCAGUGGAAGUGGACCGACCGCUGCCAGUGGAAGUGGACCGACGCCUGCUAGUGGAAGUGGAAGAACAAGUGUUGCUUCAGGAAGUGCAAGUCCAAGACUGGCUCCCAGUGAAAGUGUGGCGGCCUCCAGCAGUUCUGGCGGAGGAACCUCUUCUCAAAAUAAAGGCGGUUCUUCGAGCGGCACAAGCCGACAGUCCCAGCGAUCUGAGGCAUCUUCUAUUCCUGACUCUGUGUCCAACAAAUCCUCUACAAUCCUUACUUCAGAAGCUAACGACAGGUCUAAGGAAUCAGCUUCUGUUGGAUCUGUUUUGGAAAAUAUUGAGGAUGCGCCUGAGUCCCGAGAAUCUGGCUCUGAAAUAGCCACUUUGACUUCAGGCCCAUUUGAAGAUCAGAAUUCGGCUCUUGAAGAACCUUCUUUGAGCCAAGUCCCCACUCUGGGCAAGGGCAAAGUCCCCACUCUGGGCAAGGGCAAAGUCCCCACUCUGGGCAAGGGUCAAGUCCCCACUCUGGGCAAGGGCGAAGUCCCCACUGUGGUUCAGAAGCAAGUCCCCACUCUGGGCCAUGGCCCACGCAUCGGUCAAGUCCUAGUAUCGAACACACCCCCAAAUUUCGACCAUGUCAACCUGGCCUCAAAACCUGGAGAUUCAUCGAGCGUCUCGCAGGCGCUCAAGAACCUGCUGCAGAACGCCCCCAUAUCUGAAGAAUGCAAGGCUUAUUUGUACAAGAACCAUAGCACCAGCACUCAGGUUCUACCAGGCACCAGCACCCUCAGGAGCGCGCUCUCAUCGAGGACUGUAAGCUGAAGCUGACAGCGCUGGACGCUGACCCGCCCUGCAGCUCACGUAAGAAGCGUCAGCGCGCGCUGCUGCUGACACUGCUCAGCCAGCGUCAGCAUAUCAAGAAAGUGAUCCGUGCGCUGCAUGUCAGCGCUCAGCACAACAAACUGGUGCUGAGUCAGCGUCAGCGGUCCCUGCUGACUCAGCUGGACGUGUCAGAGCAGAACUCAGCGGCGUCGCCCCUGUCGCCGCUGAGGAGGCGGGUGUUGGAUGUCAGCGUCGCGCUGUCCACGUCCAGCGAAGACGUCUCAGUGGCCGCCGGUGUUCAGGGGCAAAUUUCUGCUAUAAAUAAAGCAUUAGCGGCCAAAAAUAAUCGUUCUCCUGCUAAAAAAUCUCAUGUGUUGCCAGAAAAUAGGGUGUUGAAUUCGCUUGACAACGAACUCUUGUCAGCUGCUGAGCACAUUCCGUCUGACAAGCGCCUCCAGUCGUCUGACAAGCGCCUCGAGUCGCCUGACAAGCGCCCCCAGUCGUCUGACAAACCCUCCCAGUCGUCUGACAAACCCUCCCAGUCGUCUGACAAACGCCCCCAGUCGUCUGACAAAGAAGCGCCAUCGUUUGCUGUGUCGCAAACCCAGGCAACAACAAAUAAAAAAGCUAAACACGCGAUGAAUUCUCUGGAUAAAAUGCCCGGCAAGUCGAGCCUUGCUGUCCCCACCACCGUAAAGCUCGUCCCAGAGAGAAACAAACCUAAAGUGCAGGAUAUUGCGCCGGAUAUUGCCGUGGACGAGUCGAGUGGACAUCCUGCCUCAACUGACUGUUCCCCUCGAGGGGACAUUCAGGAGACCCCGUCCUCUGCCGAAGAGGAACGCUUCAUCCCCGCCGAGGAAUUCUUCUCCAGGAAAGAUACUUCCACUGAAGCUGUCGCUAAGAAACCUUCAGUCCCUAGGAAAUGUUCAACACACUGCCAAACCGACCUGCAGUCAUCAGCCCAAACUGACCUUCAGUCUUUGGCUCCUACACAAGUUGCUUCAAAGAUGGAGUCUAAGUCAUCUCAAUAUGAUUCCCGGGACCAUGGCGUCUCAGAGGCCCACAAACUUGACCCAGAUUACGUUUCUUUGAACAACUUCGUGCGUUUAAAACCCAAGACUGCCUUCUCCCUGCCAUUACGUGUGCCGCUCUCACCCCGAACCGUGACCACGAAACUCAGUGAACCACAAACCAUGCACCGCAGUUCUUUGACGGACGCAACAUCUAUGACCCUCCCACGAUACUCAAGUGAGUCAGAUGACUCGUUCACUUGGUCCCAGAACGAGACCUCGGAGACUAGCGACGGGGAAGGCCUGGUGCUCUGCCUUCAGCAGGAACUCGCCGCUAAGAAGGCCGAGGUUAAGAAGCUCAGGAAGGAGGAGCGCAGGGUCAGGAGGGAAAGAAUCGCGUCCCAGCAAGCGGCGCUUAAGAAGCAGAUCGCCACGUACGACCGCUGCAUCAGGGAGGCUGAGGCCGCCCUCCACAGCGCCCACGCCAUCCCUAACAAUUCCCUGGCCGUGCGACCUGUCAUUGGCAAGCCUCAGUCACGGCGGUCCAAGACAUCCGCGGAGCUCAGCGCGCUCAUGGCCGCUGAUAAAUCCGACUACUCGGACGUGUCGGACGCGGCGCCCAGGAGCGACCAGUCCGCCUCCUCCAAGACUCUGGAGGAGGCCUCGGCCCGAAGUGAAGCUGUCUCGGGUCUUGAAGGUUCUCAGGACUCGGGCUCCAGUAAACAUGAUGAAUCCAAGUCCAGUGGCAACGAUGAAUCAAAAUCAUGUAUAUCUGACUCAAGUAAAAGCGAUGAUCAGGCAAGUAUCAUUUCGAAGGCUGAAGACUCUAGCACCACGCGCCCUAGUCACGAGGAAGCAUCUCUUCCAUCUCAAUCCUUGCCAGCAAAACCGACCAUCAGCACCUCAGCCAAGCCAAGUAUUGAAGGCUCUGGCCGUUCUAGUGACGCUAGUGGAAAUGCUGCUGUAGCCUCAAGAGCUGACAGGAUUGUUGCUGUCAGCGGAGCAGACUUGGCUGGCAAGCCAACUUCAGGCUUGGUCUCUACUCCUGGUCUGCCUGUCAUGUCUUCAUCGGGAGAACUUGGCACUGCUUCGAUGGUUCCUGAAGUUUCUAAUGAAAAAGCUGACACGAGCUCGACUGUUGCGCCAACACUGAAGAUAGGGACUCACGUACUGCCUCUAUCUGAACCAAUGCCUGGGGUUACUUCCGUUGAAUCUUCGCACGAACCAACUCUCGAACCCUCGAAAUCCUUGCGUGAACCAGCUCUCGAACCCUCACAAUCCUCGCGUAAACCAGCUCCCGAAUCCUUGAAAUCCUUGCGUGAACCAGUCCCUCAACUCACUGCGUCCCAGCGUGAACCUGUAGCAGAACCUUCACCUGUGUUAGAGUCCCUCAAACCUGCUGAACCUGGCGUAUCAGCUGUGGUUGAAUCCGAUAAACAAGCCCCGGAGAUUGCGGAAACUUCCAGCCUUCAAGAGGAAAUUGUGGACGGGGAUGACACGAGCAUCUCUGGCAGCUUCCCCAUAUUCCCCACCGGCGUUGAGGACGCUCAACUUGGGGAAGCGGAGGCUCAACUUGGGGAAAAUGAGGCUCAACUUGGGGAAAAGGAGGCUCAGCUUGAGGGAGAGGAGGCUCAGCUAAACGUGGAAAGUUUGCCUGCAGAACAAAACAAGGCUUUGAAUAUUGAUGUCGAUGCUGCACCUGCCGAUGUUGUGGCCGAUGUUGAACACAUUCCUGCUCAACGCUCACCUCCAUCUACUGGCCCCAAGUCGCGAGGAAGUGAUGAGUCGGUUUCCGAGGACGACCCGACGGAUUAUGAGUAUGAUUUUGAGUCUGGCAAAGAACUAACUCAGUCUGGCAAAGAACUUACUCAGUCCAGCAAAGAAGAUUCUGAUAUUAGUGAAGAAAUUGAAGCGCCCGACGAUUUUGAAAGUGAAUCUCAAAGUGUCACUAAGACUUCAAGAGAAUCUGGUGAAUCAACAUCAGACAAAAGUGAGUCAAAACAAAGUGGAACACAUCGUUCAGGAAUCUCUGGAUCCAGCGGGACGCUGCAAGCCAGAGUCUCUAACAAGAAGGAUCCUGCUGGUGAAAUAGCAGACCUGUUGCCGCAGUCUGCGGGCCAGACAAAAGAUGAACAUGUUCCUGCACCGAUAACCAAGGAAUUACAAACACCUUCUGCAGUGGUUGACGUCGUUCCAGUCAUUAGUGCUCCACCUGUCACUAGUGCACCACCAGCACCAGUCACUAGUGCACUACCAGCACCAGUCACUAGUGCAGGUUCAGCUCAAGUCCUCUCCAUUGAUUCAUGUGAAUCCAGCAUAGAAGAAAGCAUAGCGGAGUCAAUUCAAGAAUCAGAAGGAGAACACUCUUCCGCAAGCGGUGCAUUGAAACUGGGUGAACCAAACUUUGCACUGAACCUGCUGAGCGUGGACCAUGAGAACCCUUUACUGAGCAAGAACGGUUCUGACAGCACCGGGGAGGCCACACUCAGCACUGACAGAGACAGAGAGAAGAACUGGAGGUCGCAGCAAGAUGGUAGCGUCGACCAACGCACAAAUUUUGACAGCGGUGAAGUUUUGGUGCAAGAAAGGAACUCUGCAGCGGAUGUUUAUCUUGACAAGGUGGUUGCGAAACAUGAAAUAUCGGAACAAAAUAGCCUGCAGGUGCCUUCAUCCUGCUUGUUGGUAGAGCCUUCAGUUAUUGGUGGAGAGGAAAAAGCUGCGACACCAACUGAUGGUGCAAGACCUGCUGGUGCCAUGGCUGUGGAUGAAGUCGAACCUUUCGAUGCCAAGGAUUCAGAAAAUGAAGUCGAAGCUGAUGAUGCCAUCCAGGUAACGGAUGGAGAAGAGUCUGUAAUGGCCUUACAUCUGCCAGAGGAGCUGCUAGUCCCGUCGUCUCCGAUGGAAGACUCGGACGAGACAAGAGACGUGUGGAAUAUGCUGGACCAGGAGACUGUUGAUGGCGAUGCGUCAGGAGCAGGUGACGGGGUGGAUGAGACUGCCACCAUUGCAAUUCAUGAGGAGCAUUCAACAGUUCUUUCAUCUGCAGGAGCUACAGCGAAGUCCUUAGAACAAAACAAUCGAGAACUCGAGGAGAUUGAGGUAGCGUUGCACACAAGACUCCUAGCUGCUGCUAAAGACAAAGAUUCGCGCGGGCAAACUUCCAUUCUCGAUGAUGACAAAAUUCAACAGCGGAAGAAGGUUAUCGACUCGAUCGCUAAUCAACUGUUGACUGAUUUGGUUGAUGAUGCCUCGAAGUUUUUCGAAGGUUUGGUGACAGCAAAACAAAAGAAGCUUUCCUCCAAGUCAGCCGCCACUGGUCAGGCUUCAACAUCAGCGCCUCUAAACUCCAACCUUCCAAAAACACCUUCAGGAAAUUCGAGCUCAGCACCUGAUGAAUUAACAGAAAAUAAAACCCAAUUUCUUCAUGAAACCAACAAUUCUUCGCAGGAUAAAAAUGCGAAGACUUCAACAGAAGAUCCCACAGAACAGCAGGACCUAGUUACUUCUGUCACGUCCCAGGGCCCAGCGAAGGCCGGGGCCACAUCAGCCUCCCCCAUGGGGGGCCCAGUGGGGGCUGGGGCCACAUCAGCCUCCCCCAUGGGGGGCACAGCGAAGGCUGGGGCCACAGCAGCCUCCCCCAUGGGGGGCCCAACAAAGGCCGGGGCCCUAACACCCUCCCCCAGGCUGGAGUGGGGGGAUUUGCUGCAGAAGGUGCUGGAGGUCUCACCCUCCCCACCUCCUCCUCCCUACAAGGGGCGGGGGUUACUCAGACAACCCCAGGCUGGGGAUGACCAAGGUUACCGCGCCCGCAGCCCCACCGCAGGGACCCUCGCCGCCACCACCGCCCUCGACCCCGACCUGCUGUCGGCGAAGCUGCUGCAGCUCCUGCAGGGCGGCGGCCCUCUGCAGGAUCAGGAUCUGUCAGCCCACAAGACAAGUCCUGACGACGCUGAUGUCCCUUCGAGACUUUGUCGGGAAGACCUCAGUGAACCUGACGAAGAUUCUACUGCCGGCGCUCAGGGUCCAAGAAAAAACUUGGAGCAGCGGCGUAUGGAUGGGUCUGAACUGCGGAUGGAUGGGUCUGUUGACACACUUCUUGUUGCUGGACAAAUCAACGAAGAAGAAGCGGAUCUUCAAGCGCACGGAUACAAAAAUGCAGACAAAAACUCCGAAAAAGACGACAAUGAAGGCGCAGAAGACGACUACACGGAGGAGCUAAAGCAGCUGUCCAAGACUUUUGACAUCGAUAUUUCAGAUUGCGAUUUACAGUUGGAUAAUAUCAGCGACGCCCGCCCCGCCCCCAGGGAUGAGUUUGACCCUGAGCUGGAGUCCAUGUUACGUGGAGGCACGCGUGACCACCUCCAGGAGUUUGGAGUCACGCCCCACUUUGGAGUCUCGAGCGCCCGCGGUAGUUGGAGUGAUGAGAACUUCUGGAGCGCUGGGACAGAGGCACGUCUCCAGCAGCUGGAGGUGCUGGAGCAGCGCUACCCCGGCCUCGUCAUGCGGGAGGUGCCAGACCGGCCCCCGCCCCCCUACAGACCCCCGGCAGACCGCGCCCCGGGGGCUACGAGGCAUCCCGGUGCCGGUAGUGCUGUUGCCGCCGUUGCCGGUACCGAGAACGACGCUUCCGGUGCCAAAACCGCGACAUCCGGAACUGAAGAGGCCACUUCCGGUGUUGUAACUUUUACUUCCGGUGUUGCAGCCCCCAUUUCCGGUGUUGGAACCACUAUUUCCGGUGCAGCAACGCCUACUUCCUGUGCUGUAAGCCUUAGUUCCGGUGUUGCAACCCUUAUUUCCGAAGUUGGAACCCUUACUUCCGAGGUUAGAACCGCUAUUUCCGGAGUUGGAACGCCCACAUCCGGUGCUGAAUCCCCCCACCGCAGGGUUGCCCCACACCCCACAGCCCAGGAGAGCUACAGCAGCUUCAUCUGCCCCCCCGACACCCCCGUGGCCUCCCCACGACGCCUGAGUCGCGCAGACCAGCAGGCAGCGGUGCAGUACAGUGCAGUGGGUGCAGUGGUGCAGUGCACCGACCACAUGCUGGUGCAGCGCACUCUACAGUGCACCGUAGCCUUGUUCUGUGAUGCCUGGUUUGUGCAUCACCAGCACCCCGGCCUAGUGCAGCGGCCCGCGGUACCACCUCUGCCUGGCGCACCAGCAGCUGGUGCAGAUCACCAUCACGCCGUCAGUUGGUGCGCGAUGCACCACCUCAUAUUCGACGCGGUGCGCCAGUUGGUGCUGGAGGAGCACCAGCUGUCUGAUGGUGCUGCUGGUGCAGAGUGCAAGCCUUACAGAGUACACCACCGUCCUGUCACUGCACUGAGGCGUGCAGCAAGUCACUCAUCAGUCACGGCGACCGUCACCCGCCGCCUGGGGGCGCUGCUGGGGCUCCGCCCCCCGCCGCCCCCCGUCAGGAGGCUGCGCUGGACCGCCCACGCCAGGGACGCCGUAGACCAGGUGCUGGUGCAGGAGGUGGUGCAGGAGGAGGCCGUAUGGACCGACUACCACGCUGACGAGGAGCAGGUCAAGUGCAGGUUGGCGGCCGACCUGCUGCAGUCCAUCUUGUCUGAAACAUGUCGUCUCUUCGCACUUAUUAUCAAAACAAAGAUGGCGGCCGUCGUGUGAUGAACUAUUUAAUUUAUUUUAUAAUAUGAUUUGAAAUUAGAUAUCCUGUGUAGCUUAUUCAAUGGCAACGUUUUAUACGUCAACGUUGUGUCUGUGUCAACUAUGCGGUUCAUCGUUCAUCAACGAUGAAUAUAAGUCAACGAUGAAUAUAUGUCAGCGAUGAAUCAGUGUCAACGAUGCCAUUCAUCUUUAAUCAACGAUGAAUAUACGUCAACGAUUAAUCCAACUAAUUGCAUUUGUGUACAAAAUGUAGCACGUAAUGUUACAUCACUUAUUAAUUACUCUACAUGUUGUAGCGUCUAAGAAAUAUUUAGUGUAGAUAUUCACUCUAAUGCGUAUUGAAUACAUCACAUAUCAUUUCAUGUGGAUUAUGUAUGUGGUGACAACACCACACUACCUGUGCCUGAUAUAUAUUUAUUUGUUCCACUAUAAACUGUGAUGAUCUGUAGACAUUGUACGAUGUUAUGUAUGUCUAUGUUGCUCUCUAUGCUGCGAUAUGAGUGCCUUCAUAUCAGCAUGUAUAUCAUGUGUGAUGUAUGCAUGAAUUAGCUAUAGCUGUGUCAUGUAAGAAUGUAUGUAAUUAUUAAUCAAUACACGCUAGUUAGACUUCAUUCAAAAAUUUUAGUUGAAACAUAAAGCCUAGUCCGUCCGUCUGGUCGGACGUCGGUAUAAUAUCGUUCGCUAUUUUAAUGCUCGAGUCGUGCGAAAAAUAAAUUUAAGGCGUUGAAAAGUUGAUAAUAAACGAUAGAACCUUCACUCCUUCCCCAGC